AUGCCCUUUCCCACAUCCUCUUCUGCCGCCGAGACGACGUCAGCCAGCCCGCUCGCAGACUACUUCUGGAUCGCUGGUGUUGACGGCUCGGAGAUUCUCGACACAUUCCGCAAGCUAGGCGACGAAUACCGAAUCGCCAGCAGUACCACUGCGCCCGGCCCCGCGGUCACCGAUAUCAUUGAGGAAGAUGCCGACGCCGAAGAUGCUCACGAUCGCUUCGACGGCCUGCUCUCUCGAAGCUCCUCGGUCAUUGGCCCUCGCGGCUCCUUCCAGCGUCUCUCCUUCCGGUCCGAAGAUGCAGACCAGAACGCCAAUGGCAAUGCCAACGGUACGCACAGCAACCGCAGUAGCAUGACAAUCAAGGGAGGCGGCAACGGCAGUGCUGCGUCACCGCGGGCUUCUCAAUUCCUAGGUCUGGAGGAAUUCGACUUUGAUAAAGCGUUGGUCAAGUUUGCCUCCGAGAGAGAGACGUUUCUGUCGGACCUGAGUCUCAGCGCGGGUGCGAUCACACCCGCGUCCCGGCCUCGGUCCAGAUUACGCACACAGAAGAUCGUGUCCGAGGAGCCACAACAAUCUGGUUUACUUCGAUCGAGUAUCGGAAGCGUGCGACGACAUAUGUCAUUCCGAGACAUGAACAGUAUGAAGAGGCAGCCGUCGGUUGCGCGCCAAGCAUCGAUUCGAACCUCGCGACGCCUCAGCAACUACAAUUCUGUGAUUCCAGCACCCCAGCCGUUGGAAAUCUCCCCUACCAUGCAUCCCCUGAAGCGGAGAUUCGAACCCGUCCUUCUCGACCGCUAUCCUCCGAAAGGCAUGGCCGAAGACCUAAAACAGCGUGCCAACUUUCCCGACUACGUACCCAUGUUCGCAUUCCCCAACGAUAUCAAUAUCGUGUCGUCUGACCAAAGACCGCGGUCGACGUGGCAUGGUUUUGUGAUGACCAGCGACAAUGGGUCUCGCCUGCACGCUGUCUGUGUCAUUGUCUGGAUCCCGCUAAACCACGAAGCGGCUGAUCAGUUAGAAAAAUGCUGCGAGGAAUGGCGGAAGGAUAACAUGACAGACGAGGAACGGGAAUUGGCAGCAAGCCUGGGAGAACGGUUGGCUCAAGAGAGAGCCAAGCUCUCUCGACUUCUGGCCCAGCUUCCUACGGUGCCAUCUGGGUCUGAAUCGAGAGAACAAUUGGAAGACGAAAUCAGCGCGGUCGAGGAGAAGAUUGGGCUGAUGACCGAUCUCCUGCGCCCGGUGCGUCACGGAGCGGCAUCCAAGAUCGAGGGGCUGACUGAUGGCGAUACUGGUUUCUGGAUUCCUAGAGCCUACGGUAUCCUGGGACGGGAGGAGAACAUGACCAGCUUUUGGAAGGAGUGGCUGAAGGCGGUAGUUGUUCCCAUGACCGACAAUAGUGUCCAACGCGUUCCCCCAGCAUCGCCCCGCAUGGGUUCCUGGCAGCCUCUGGAACGAUAUGUGAUGAACUUGUGCACGGAGGCGUUCGCACCCAACACCUCCAAAACCCAAGUGGAGCUGGCUGUGCGCGAAUUACGCUUGUUCGCCCGCAAGGAAGCUACCAAUGAGCUGCCCGGAUCGCGAAACACUGAUUUAUACGCCCUGUUCCGGACACUGUCACUGGCUAACAUCAUAAUACUCUUUGAGUAUGCUUUGACCGAAUCCCGAAUCAUCUUUUUGUCCUCGCACACGUCCAUGUUGUACCUUGCUACUCGGGCUUUGGUAGACCUUUUAUUCCCCAUUCCUUGGUCGGGUGUGCUAAUUCCUAUCCUCCCUGCACGACUCAUCCAAGCACUGGAAGCGCCUUGCCCGUACAUUGUCGGUAUUGAGCGGCGGUACGAGAAGGUUGAACUUCCAUCUGAUGAUUUUGUUCUGGUCGACCUUGACCAAGAUAUCAUCGAGAGCACGGUAAAGCCAACCCCACUCCCCCGCCACCAGCGAAGGAAACUCCAUUCGCUGCUUCAGCUCGCCGCUCCUCAUCACAGCCGGUACGGGGUGCCCGUCGGCCCUCCUGCCUACGCCAUCGAGACUUUCCCGUUUGAUGCUUUCAUGUCUGAAAACUCCUCCAUAUACACAUCCAAGGCGCAGUCCACGCAACUGUCCAAGUACGUCAGUCUCAACUCGAAUGCUUUUGGUCAGGGUUCUGUUUCCCUCACCUCACAUCCGCCACUUAUUUUCAAUGCUUUCCUGCACGCGCGCAAUGAACAAACAGCGUCGCGUGGGUAUUCUUCUAAGAGCUCGGAUCGACCGGGCACUGGGUCAACUUUCAAACCCGGAUCGCCGCCAUCCCCGAGAGAUAGUUCUCCCAUCUCUGGCCAUUUCCCGCCGCCGCCGGCGACCCCGCGCAACGACUCGGGGAUGGCGCUUCAAGCAUCCCUUCGCGAGAAGCGAUCCGGUCACUUUGACGCUGCCUCUCGUCGAAGCUCGUCCUUCGGGAUGGACAUGCGCCAGGUUCCCAGGCGGCCCAGUGCACCUUUCCUUGGCCACGCUCCAAACCUAUCUGUCAGCACGUUGAACACUGAUUUCCAGUCCACAUAUGCCCCUUCGGUCUAUGCGCAGUCUACUGUGGCUGCCUCCACCAUCGUUCCCCAGCCUGCUAUCCAGCCAAUUCACAACAAUGACGGCACGUCCUGGGUGGAGGGUCAUUGCCUGCAGCUCCAACCAUGGGACGACAAGGCUGUAUGCACAGUCUGCGACGAACGCGCGGACGAGAAUAUGUAUAAAUGUGUAUCGUGUAAGACGCAAGUCCACAACCGAUGCGCCCACCAGAUCUGCAUCGUUUGCCCAGCGGCAUUUUACCCCGAGCAGGUUCGGGCUGCGUUCGUCCGAUGCUUUGCCAGCCUGUUCUAUACAUACAAAAAAUAUCUUAAACCAGCUAGUGGCGACAAGAAGAAGGCAGGCCUUACAUACAGCUUUGACAUGGAUGCUUUCUGCAAAAGCUUGCCUAGUGAACAUGCUGAAUAUAUCGGUGUUCUAUCACAGACUCAGGGUUUCAACGAGUUUAUCAGUGAUAGGGAACGGGUGAAUCCCAAGGCGAGGGACCCAAGGAUUACUCUGUUCGACGAGAUUGUGCUGUCGAAACGGAACCGAGGCCGGUCGUCCAUAUUCUCCGGCCGAUCGACGACGGACUUUUUGUCUGACACCUCGAAUCAUCUCUGGAGAACGGCAAGUGCCGCCUCAUUUGCCGCGAGCAGGCCGCAGCAAAGUAUCUCCGGGGACUACACCCGAGUUGUCUCACGAGCACCCGCAAAGCUCGACACCAGCCUCAUGAAGGAACCCCGCAUGAUUCACGGGGCGCCUCGGGUCUCAAAGACGGCCAACAAUGCCCGGCGGAAGCCUCUGCCCAAGCUCAUGAAUGGUCUUGCCAUCUCACCCCCCUAA